AUGGCUGACCAAGGUGUUUCGCGGCCCCCGUUAGGCAAGCUAAUUGUCGGCAAUACAAGCCAGAUUAUACUUGUUAAUUUCGACGGCGCCACGUUCUCUAUAGCUUCCAGAUAUAUACUCCCGCACUGGGUGCCCAGUUCAAUAUUAUUUAAAGAGCCUAAUUUGCUUUAUGCUGUAAACGAGAUAGGUACAGACACUAAUAUGUUAAGGCUGGUACCUAACACUUCGGUUGCACCUGAUGCCAUAGGUUUCGACAGGCUUUCGUUCGUUACCAAUGCCCAUGGCUCAUUUGGGGGCAAUUACCUUGCGUUCAAUACCGAUAAGACUCGUAUGGUUGAGACUUGCUUCUCAAGCGGCAGAAUCGAUGUCUGGGACACCUCAGCAGCGGACAGGAUUGUUUUAAAAAGAAGUAUCCGGACUAGAACUGAAAAUGGCAACCAGUGGCCGCAUCAACGCAGACCAGGUCCACGUCAAGCCAUCCUCGAGCCAACUGGUCGCUUUUUUAUUAUACCGAAUCCGGGUACCGAUUCGUUGCACGUCAUGGACACAAAGGAUGACAAGUACGAGAUCACGGGCAUUACCGGUGUGCCUUACACAAUCUCGCCGGAGAGUAUCGCUUGUAUCACACAUGGAGGAACCCCCUACUUGGUAGUGGCAGGGGGCCUCUCUACUGCAAUCGCCUUGAUGCGAAUGGAGUACACUGAUACUACAAUCCGGUUCACUACAAUCCACUGGGGACACGCCGGUAGGAGGUGGGACCCAGGCGAGAUAAUCAUGUCAUCGUUCUUAGGACUCGAAGUCGCCAAAAACCAGCGUGACAUUUACCUCUGGAAUCGAUUCCCAGGCGAGCCAGGAGGCCAUAUCGCAUACUUCAGACUCACUGAGGACGGGGGCUCGUUAGGGCUUACUCAUAUUGACCACAUACCAACCCCCGACAUACAGCCGCGCAUGGUCAGUCUGAGCGGAGAUGACAAGCAAGAGUUUGCAUUCGUAGCUAACGAGGAUGGCGAAUCGGGUCUCAUCGUAUUCAGGCGGGACCCAACGACAGGUAGGUUGGACCCGAACCCCGUCGCAACGUUUCCAAAUGACCUUCUUGUUCCCUACGGAGCUUCACGGGAUAUUCUAAGAGGCGUCCAAUUUGUUCGUGAGCUUUAG